CAUUACGGCCCUGGUGGCCGUCAUGCUGUCUUCCAACGAGAGCGUGGCGGCCGAGCUGAUGGUGGUGUCGUCGUUUGCCUACGGCUACAUCUCGCUCAUGAUGCUCGUGGGUGGCAUCGUGUCCCCUUACACGCAAGCAUUGCUGCCGCUGUCGCUAUACUAUCUGCUGUACCACCUCAUUGGCAGCGCCUUCCUCUUGCUCAGCGGCGGCUGGCUCAUGGGCGCGGCCAAGGGCGAGAUCCUCAUGCAGGUCGCCUCGGGUUCCGGAAUUUGCUGCGGAAUAAUACACUUUCUGCAUGGCCUGUACACCUUCGUGACGGUUUUCCGCCAACCCGAAUGAAUGGUGCCAUCGCUUAGACUCCUCGCAUCCUUACAU